AACCCCAUUAAACACUCCACCCCAUAGAGGAAUCUCUUCUCUCUUUCAAUGCCCAUUUCUUUCAAUCAGAGAACAAAAAUCUCUCUCCCUGUCUCUCUUGUAGACUAAGAAGACUUAUCUCUAUUAAAGUUGAAAGAAUUCAUGGAAAACUAGGUCUGGCACUUUUGAGUGAUUUCAUCUCCAAGCAAAAAUAAUUUUCAUAGCAGUGCACCUGCUUCUGAGGGAUGGGUAUGAGCUCAAUCUCUCAGUAUUUCCACUUUACAGUGAUUAAUACCACCAGCUUCUUUCGUCACAAGCCUUUCAUGUCCAUUUGAGAAUAAGGCCCACCUUGAGAAUUCUUAUACGCACUGUUUUAAACUAAGAACAAAAGAAUACACUAAACAAAAGCUAUGGCGAGUGGAAAAGUCUAUGGAGGUUCCAACAUGUCCAUUCUACUACAAGACGAUAGGCUUCCCUGUAAUUCUGAUGUUCUCAAGUCUCUUUGGAUUCCCAGCUCUUCCUCAUCUUUUCAAGGUUCAAAAUCCAUGCUUAGUUUCGAAAGUGUUGGCGGAGGAGAUUCCACAGAUGGGUCCUUUUUCCAACCACAUGACAAAGAUGAUGAUAAUGUCGAUGAUGAUUACGAUGGAUGCUUUCAUCAACCAGGAAAGAAAAGGCGGCUCUCAGCCAAUCAAGUUCAGUUUCUCGAGAAAAACUUUGAGCUAGAGAACAAGCUUGAACCCGAAAGAAAAGUCCAACUUGCUAAAGAGCUCGGCUUGCAGCCUCGGCAAGUAGCAGUCUGGUUUCAAAACCGGCGAGCUCGAUACAAGACCAAACAGUUGGAGAAGGAAUACGACUCAUUGCAAACCAGCUACGACAGACUAAAGUAUGACUACGACAUUCUUCUCAAAGAGAGUGAAACUUUGAAAAAUGAGGUCAAUUCCCUUAAUGAAAAGUUGCUUAGCGAAGAGAAAGAUACUAAGAAAAAUUCGGAAAACACAGAACCUGAAAACCCAAUUGUGAAAACAGUAGUCUCUGAAACUGUUUCAAAUGUGGCAACAAUGGUGGUAUGCAAACAUGAAGAUGCAAGCUCUGCUAAAAGUGAUGUUUUUGACUCAGAUAGUCCAAACUAUGCAGAGAACUAUUGCUCCAUAUUGGAGCCAGCUGAUUCUUCUCAUAUGUUUGAACCAACGGACCAGUCAGAUUAUUCUCAAGACGAAGAUGAUAAUAACAACAAAAACAGCAGUAAUUGUAAUCUCAUGAGCCAGAGCUUUUUACCGCCUCCAUUGCCAUUGUCAUUACCAUGUAUCCCCAAGUUUGAAGCUUGCUGUAACUUUGGAUUUCAAGUUGAAGAUCAGGCCUUUAAUUUCUGGUCUUAUUGAUGGGGGGUCACAUUUGGCUUGGAUAAUUAUGAUUAUAUAAUACUGCAUUUUCUUAGUUAUGCAAAAUGCCUCAAGUUAUUAUUAGUAGUUGUAGAUAAGGUUAUUAACACGAAAUAAAAUCAUAUUAUCAUGUGA